CCACCCCACAAACUUUGACAAUGACGUUUUUAAGUAAGUCUUUUUGGUUCAUCUGUCGGUUUUGACAAAGACAGCCCGUUACAAUUUCAAACCCAAAUCCUGGGCAUUUCAAAAAUUUUAUACCCUCACUCUUUCCAUUUCCCCCUAUAUAAAUCACUCCCAUUCUCACCAGAAAAUUCUGUUUAUUUAUUUAUUUUUUCUUUUUGUUUUGCAUAGAAGAAUCAGAAGUUGCCCAAAUCCUAAAACCCUUUUGGGAAUUGCGGAGAUUUUGGGAUUUUGAGAUUCAUCAGAUGGGUGGAAGGAGAUGAUGUCUUACUACAAACCGGAUAGUACUUACCAUCAAUAUCAAUAUCGACGGAAAAGAAUUGUUGCUUCCGCCACCGCCGUCGUCUCCGGUGAUGAUCUUAGAUUUUAUGACAAGAGUUUGAUGGUCAGGUAUUUUAAUCUGAGAACCGGAGGAAUCAUGGCGCUGCUAACGGUGUUUCUCUUGUUCCUGCCGCUGGUUUUGCCGCCGCUCCCUCCUCCGCCGUCAAUGGUUUUGUUCGUCCCGAUUUUGAUUAUGAUGCUGUUGGUUAUCUUGGCGGUUUCGCCGGCCAAAAUUCCCGGUCCCGAUGUUAUACCGGAAACUGAAUAUGUUUGAGAGAAUUUCCGACGACUGACCCGUUUGAAAAAAAAAAUGAAGAACCGUUGGAUUCUGCCUGAUGGUGCAUUUUUGGAUGAAAAGGGAAGUGGAAUUUCAUGAUUCUAAUCAAUUUUUUUUUUUCUUUUUGGUCCGAGUUUUUGGUUUGAUUUUUAGGCCAUCUUUUGUAAAGAAGUCUUUGGUAGACUUUGCUAGUUUUAACUGAUCCAUCUUUGAAUGCAAAGUUUCGAAUUACUCCAAGUUCGUUGUAUAUGACGUGUCUUUCAAUUUGCCUUUUCUUUUUGGCUUUUUUUCCCCCUACUAAUUUUCCGUUUUUUGUUUUUACUUUCCUUCGUUUAGAUUUAGUGUAGUUUAUGGCGUCAAUUUUUUUUGGUCGGA